AUGUCGAACCUCGCCCACUACUUGUGCCUGCUCGUGCUCCUACUGAGCACCCCCGUUCGGAGCCGCGGAUACGUGUGCGACUUCUCCUCGUCCAAGUACAACCUGGACUUCGACGACUACUACGCAGAUGUCACGUGCUACCACGAAAUUGGCCAGGGAGACACCAUCGGAGUGAUCAUCCCCAAAUACAGGGACGGUAGAGAAAACACCAACAUUUUAACCCAAUGCUUUGAAGAAGUUUCAUUAAACAAAUCAGGAAACAAUCCAGUGUCCAUAUACAAAAUAUUUAACAAGGAUGAAAUUGAAGUAUCAGUUUCAAGUACGCUAUACAACACAGAAUAUCUGUCCUCAAUUUUAAAAAUAAAAAAUGUGGAAAAAAAUAAUUAUAUUCAUUGUGUGUUUGAAAACAGAAAUGAAAAAAAUAAGGAAAUCCACAAAGGAGUGGCAAAAAUUGCAAUAAAAAAUUACCCAGUUCAAAAUAAAAAUUUAACAAACAAACAUGUGGUUGACUUGUAUAACCAACUGAAUUUAAAUGUAGACAAUUCGAAAAGCAAAUACAGGGUCACGGCUGAACCUGGACAUAUACUCUACAUACUGGGGACCAAAUUGGCCAAUGGAAAAAAUAUUUAUUUUGACAAAAAUUGUCGUGUCCAUUUUGAGCAUAUAGGAGAUAUUUACAAACAUGUGUUUCCAAUCAUUAACGAAGAAGAGGUGGUGUACGACUGCCCCAUGUACUAUGAUAACAAGGAAAAAAAAAUCUCCUUAGGAAAUUUGAUUGUCACUUUUGAAGCCAAACCUCCAAGUAUAAAAUCCAUCAGUAAGGACAUUUUAAAAAAACAUAUAAAAUAUGACAUUGAACAAAAACUGCAUGUCCUUUUAAACGGCUCAGAUUACACCAUGGGAAAUAUGGACAGUGCAGACGGAGAUCGUCCUCAUCAAUACAUGGAACAGAGUGUAGAAAUAAAUGAGACGCAAACAUCCAACCUUCAAUCCGUUAACCUAAGCAAGGAACAUUGUAAUAAUGAUAAAUGUGUAGAUUUGUUUGAAAAUUCAACUUGCUCUUCCGUUUGUGGAGGUGGAUACAGACUUCGCGAUGGCUAUGAUGUAUUCUACGACAUCCAAUCGGUCAUUCCGUGUAACCAUGGGGAUUGUACUCCUGAAGAUGCAAUUGAACCUCUUGUCAUUUUCGCUUGGACCUCCAUUGUUUUCUUUUGCAUCAUGGUUACCCUUCUGAUCAUCACCAUUUACUCCCUCCUGCAUGUCAGUAAGCAAAAGGUGGCCGACCCCUUCUACAACUACGACUCGAACAUCAAGUCGUAG